CGAAAGAUUUGCAUCUGUCACUUCAACCGCUUCCAUGGUGCUCUCCAGCCCUCUCUUCUCGUCUUGCCCCGGCCGAGGGGCGCCAGAAGCUUUCGCAGCACUCACCCAGUCUUGGGUGGCGGUCGUCAGCAACAUGGAGUCACUCACCCCCGAAUUACUGGACUCGUCCAGUCCAAAUAGCGAAAACUACUCGACAGAAGACGACGAUAUGUUCUGGGCAUUGGUGCACCAAGGCUAUUGCGCCAAAUUCGACGAACCUGAUAAAGCUGAAGAUAUGCAGACGCUCCGCCUCCAGUGGGAAACAGUUCGCUCAAGAGUGGCCGAUUUUAAUGAGAUUCUAACGGAGAUAUGGCCGAAUGAACCGGCCAAACAUUUGAAUACGUUGCCUAAACGCGACCGCCACAAACUACUGAAACAAGUGCUGGUUUUGUUUCAAGAUCGGACGGGUGAACACUUUCAACACUUGGAAGUUUGGAAUGUGUUGACUCAGCAUGCUAAAUGGGAGCGUGUACUCAAACCUUUGAUAUUACGAGAAAAGACUGCAAAGGCUCCUGUUACGGCUUCGAAAGUCGAGGAAGAGAUACCAAACGACGAGACUAUGAGCUGUGGAGAGCAACUGGCACCUGUUGGUCGAGAUCUGGCGGUUGUAGUGGUGGAGGCUACUCCGGAAAGUAGUGGUGAUUCUGAGGAAAAAGGAAAGAGACCUGCCAGUAUUUCAUUGACAACGCAGCCUUGGAGCUCGAUAAAGAGGAUUACAGGCGCCAAGCGACGAAAGAUGAUGCCCACGAGGGUGGAACAGCAGAUUGAUUCAAUGGAUGAAGAAGAGGAGCCUAGUCGUAAAAGCCCAUUGGAGACGAACUGUGUGAACGCCGAUUACGUAGAAAUCGAAGAAAUGAGUCGUGCAAUUGGAAAUGUUACGUGUGUGACGCCUGAUCGCUCUGUCGAAACAACACAAGCUACAGAACAUAUUAACAAGCACGAUUCUGGGAGUGAUUCCGAAGCGACAAGCAUUCUUUCAGCAUCGAAUCAUGAAAACACAGGACGCUCAACGUACGUGGAGACUGGAGCAUCUCCAGAACAAACUGAAGAGCCCACCCAGAGCGUAGCAGCUGCCUAUUUAGCCCUGGCUUGGGCAAAUGUUUCUUGCAGCUGGGCAGAUAUAUCGCCACGGCUUGAAGAAUCGAACGAUUGGUUUUGGUUCCACGUCUCGAGUAUCUAUUUGGAUUUUGUAGCGAAACCAGACUGCCACAGUGACAUUAAGACUGUUUUGAAAAACUGUUGGCAUGAGAUUCGAACACAAAUUGUAGUCUUUCACCAUCUCUACGAAGAGUUGAAGGGUGACAAUACUAUUAGCCGGGCAGAUCGCGAAUCGACGGUUUCUCGCGCUCAGGAAGCCUAUUGGGAGCAAUGUGGCCAUUGGUUUCAGUAUCGCGCUGUGUGGGAAUUCCUAGAACGUCACAGCGACUGGGAAGAUGUGUUGAAACCAUUACUGCUUGGCUUGGAUAAACGCACUACGGCAAAUGAUGCUUGCUCUUCCGAAUCAGCCGGAAACAUUCCACACAAACUCACUGACGAAGAAAUGAGUGGUGGCUCGGAAGAAUCUGAGCCUCCAAGAGUGAUAUCAGACCGCGACCACCUCCACAGUGUUAAUCCAAAAAACUGGCCACCUGAAACUUGGUUUGAAACCACGGAAAAGAAGAAAAACUCAACGAUGUCGGCGGAGUGGUUAGAGUGGAACAAACACCUGCUGGAGAUGCAAAUAAUGACGCGGAGCGAAGUUGGAUUGAGCCCAGAAGCGUUGGAGUAUCUUCGCUUGCGACGCCAACAAAUUCUUCAAAGGACGCGGAUGCAAAUGCAGUUGAGCAAGUAGCACAUCAGUGAUAGUCUAGAUGCGCUUGCUGUACUCCAUGCACAGGUACAGUACAUAAAAUUAUUGCCAGGAAUGCCGGCGUACGUUUUAGCACAUUUCUUGUUCAAUUUGAUUUCAACAUCUAUGGUGUACUGUAUCUCUGUCUUGGUUUUAUUUUUCAAGAGCCCC